AUGGCCCCUACCGCAAACGUAUCCUUAACCCAGGACGGCCCCAGCCUGGCCGUCCCUAAGCCUGCCAAGGCUGCUGCCGUCGCCCAACAGCACGACACGCCCCGUGAGUACGAGCAUCUGACGAGCGUGCGCGCGGUCAAGCAGCUGCCGAUAGCGGAGCGGCUGCAGCCUGGGCUCGCGCCCCAUUAUUCCCCGCAUCUCGAGGGCAUCUCGGAGUACGAACGGCUGUACCGCGAGUCGAUCGAGAACCCGGCCAAGUUUUUCGGCGACCGGGCGCGCCAGUUUCUGAACUGGACGCGUGACUUCGACACGGUGUUUGUGCCGGAUCCGGUGACGGGGAAGCCGUCGUUCGAGCAGAACGCGUGGUUUCUGAACGGGCAGCUGAAUGCGUGCUACAACUGUGUGGACCGGCACGCGUUGGCGUCGCCGCAGCGCGCGGCGAUCGUCUACGAGGGCGACGAGCCCGGCCAGGGCUACACUCUCACGUACCGCGAGCUGCUCGAGCAGGUGUGCAAGGUGGCGCAGGUGCUGUACCACACCAUGGGGGUCCGCAAGGGCGACACCGUGGCGGUGUACAUGCCGAUGGUCCCGCAGGCGCUGGUGACGUUGCUGGCGAUAGUGCGGAUCGGCGCCGUCCACUCCGUCGUGUUUGCUGGGUUCUCGUCGAACUCGCUUCGCGACCGUAUCAACGACGCGGAUUCCCGCGUCGUGAUCACAACCGACGAGUCGCGCCGCGGCGGCAAGAUCGUCGAGACGAAGCGCAUCGUGGACGACGCGCUCAAGGAAUGCCCCCGCGUGCGCCACGUGCUGGUCUACAAGCGCACGCACAACGAGGCGGUGUCGUACCAGCGGCCCCGCGACCUCGACUGGGACGACGAGGUGAAGAAGUACAAGGGCUACUGCCCCUGCGAGCCCGUCGACUCGGAGCAUCCGCUGUUCUUGCUCUACACGUCCGGCUCCACAGGCUCGCCUAAGGGCGUGCAGCACUCCACUGCGGGAUAUUUGCUCGGUGCGCUGCUCUCUAUGCGCUACACGUUCGACGUGCACCAGCCGGACGUGUUUUUCACCGCGGGCGAUAUCGGGUGGAUCACCGGUCACACAUACGUAGUGUACGGACCCCUUCUCUACGGAUGCACUACGCUUGUGUUCGAAGGCACCCCUGCGUACCCCAACUUUUCGCGGUACUGGGAGAUCAUCGACAAGCACCGCGUGACGCAGUUCUACGUGGCGCCCACAGCGCUGCGGCUGUUGAAGCGUGCAGGCGACUCGUUCAUUGAAGGCUACUCGCUCAAGUCCUUGCGGUGUCUGGGCUCGGUGGGCGAGCCAAUAGCCGCCGAGGUCUGGGAGUGGUUCUCGAGCCGCAUCGGCAAGGACCAGAUCCCGAUCGUCGACACGUAUUGGCAGACGGAGUCUGGGUCGCACCUGGUGACGCCGCUGGCCGGCGGCGUCACGCCCAUGAAGCCCGGUUCCGCAUCGUUCCCGUUCUUCGGGAUCGAGCCAGCGAUCCUGGACCCGACUACUGGCCGCGAGAUCGUCGGCGACCACGCUGAGGGCGUGCUCGCCGUCAAGGGCGCCUGGCCGUCGUUCGCCAGAACCAUCUGGAACAAUCACGACCGGUAUCUCGACACGUAUCUGCGCCCUUACAAGAACGUGUACUUUACCGGCGACGGCGCGGCACGCGACAAGGAUGGUUACAUUUGGAUCUUGGGCCGUGUGGACGACGUGGUCAACGUGUCGGGCCAUCGGUUGUCUACAGCAGAGAUUGAGGCAGCGAUUAUCGAGGACGCCAUUGUCGCUGAAUGUGCCGUGGUUGGUUUCCAUGACGACUUGACGGGCCAGGCGGUCGCGGCGUUUGUCGUGCUAAAGAACAAAUCGAACUGGUCGCAGGCUUCGGACGUGGAUUUGCAGGACAUCAAGAAACAUCUGAUUCUGACUGUGAGAAAGGAUAUCGGGCCUUUUGCUGCUCCUAAGCUGAUUGUGAUUGUGGACGACUUGCCCAAGACGCGGUCGGGCAAGAUCAUGAGAAGGAUCCUCAGGAAGAUUCUCGCUGGCGAAGCUGACCAACUGGGCGAUGUGUCCACGUUGUCGAACCCUGGAGUCGUGAGACAUUUGAUCGACUCGGUAAAGCUCUGA